GCCGCCGCCGCCGCCCCCCGCCGAUCACCCCUUCCGACGAGCGUAGCGCCAGCGGCCGCCGCUUCCUGCUCCUUCCCCAGCAGCAGCGCCGCAGCCGCUCUCGGCGUCCUCAUCAUGACCGACCGAUCCACCUUCGACACCAAUGUGACCACCCUGACCCGCUUCGUGAUGGAGGAAGGCAGGAAAGUGCGGAGCACCGGCGAGCUCACGCAGCUGCUGAACUCGCUCUGCACGGCUGUCAAGGCCAUCUCCACGGCCGUGCGCAAGGCGGGCAUCGCCAACCUUUAUGGAAUUGCUGGUUCUACCAAUGUAACCGGAGACCAAGUAAAGAAGCUAGAUGUCCUUUCCAAUGACAUGGUGAUCAACAUGCUCAAGUCAUCUUUCACAACUUGUGUUAUUGUGUCUGAAGAAAACAAAGAUGCUCUCAUCGUGGAAGAAGAUAAACAAGGUAAAUAUAUAGUCUGCAUGGAUCCGCUUGAUGGCUCUUCUAACAUUGACUGCCUUGUUUCUAUUGGAACCAUUUUUGGAAUCUACAAAAAGGUUUCUCCUGGCGUACCUUCGGAGAAAGAUGCUCUGCAGCCUGGGCGUAAUCUUGUGGCAGCUGGCUAUGCCCUCUAUGGUAGCGCCACCAUGCUUGUUCUGGCUCUGGAGUGUGGUGUCAACUGUUUUAUGCUUGAUCCAGCUAUUGGGGAAUUCAUUUUGGUCAACCGGGAUGUAAAAAUCAAGAAAAAAGGAAAUAUCUACAGCCUCAAUGAGGGAUAUGCUGCAUACUUUGAUCCUGUUGUCACAGAAUAUCUUAAGAAGAAGAAAUUUCCAGAGGAUGGCAGCUCUCCCUAUGGCAGCAGAUACAUUGGUUCCAUGGUCGCUGAUGUGCAUCGUACGCUGGUGUAUGGAGGAAUCUUUCUGUAUCCAGCCAACUCAAAGAGCCCCAAGGGAAAGUUGAGGCUACUCUAUGAAUGCAACCCCAUGGCUUUUAUUAUCGAGAAGGCCGGAGGGACUGCGACAACAGGCAAGGAGGCAGUCUUGGAUGUUCAGCCUGAAAACAUUCACCAGCGUGUGCCGAUUGUCUUGGGGUCCCCAGAUGAUGUGCAGGAAUACAUAGCCUUGGUCAAGAAGCAUUCGGCAAAAUGAGGAGAAGAGGGUUGCUGCAUCGACGAAUGAAAUGCCCUGACCGCUGGACCAAAGACCACACUGUGCAAUACUACUGACUGUGAAGCCAUUUCUGGAGUGCCAAUGAGCCAUAAUUCCAUAAUGUGCAAAAAGUGUACUUAAUGCUCUCUUCGCGGUGCCAUUAAAAGCAAAUCUGAGGGAAGCUA